AGACUCUCCCAGCGAACACUGAACACGACAGGCACUAUGACUUUGAAAUGAAUCCCGCUUGGCGAGACAAAGAGGUUUUUUUGCCAUAGUCACACGACAAGAGCAACCUCCGCGCUCCAUUCAGUUUAAUACGCGAGGACUGAGAGUUCGCUUUGCUUCCUGCCCUGCAUUGCGAAGCCGGUCGAGCCAUAUGGAAAUCAGAAAGCCUUUUACUUUGCCAAUGGAAUUGGAGUAAACUUCUUAAAAUUACACUAGGUACUGGAUAGACGUAAUGGAACAAGAUUAUAUUUAUUAUUUAUUUUAAUAGUUUUUACAAAUAAAAGAAACCCCCGCAUUGUUUUCCCCCUUUUCGCAAAUGUUGGUGGACUCGGCGAGGCUCAAGUAAUGGAAAUUAAUUGGGAUCUCGGCCCCGAAGAAGUUGGUAACAAUGCCGAUCCCAGCCAAGAAACGAAAAACCUUUUGGGGGGUUUCAAAGUGUACAAGAGGAGGUGGUUCAUUCUGUCAGUAGUCUGCAUGCUGAAUUGUUCAAACGCAGUGAUAUGGCUGAGUUUUGCUCCAGUGGCAAAUCUGACAGCCAGGUAUCUAGGGGCCUCCCUGGACCAGGUCAACUGGCUGUCCCUGGUCUACAUGGUGGUGGCUGUUCCCUUUUGUUUUGUCACCACGUGGAUGUUGGACACCCUGGGACUCCGGAUCUCACUCAUCCUGGGGUCCUGGCUGAACAUGGUGGGGAGUGGCCUGCGUUUCCUCAGCAUCUUGAACAGCCUGCCGCAGUCUGUGCGCUACUUCCCCCUGCUGAUGGGAGGCCAGACGUUGUGCGCCCUGGCGCAGACCCUCAUCAUCUUCUCCCCCACCAAGCUGGCUGCGCUCUGGUUCCCUCAGCAUCAGAGGGCCACCGCCAACAUGAUUGCCUCUAUGUGUAAGUCAGGGAUCUGUUGGUGGGGGUCACAGAAUCAGAGGGGGUGUUGGUUAGGGCUGGGUGGGCGUCCUCCAUCUCCUCCCUCUGCCAGCGCGGAGAGCUCAAACUCAGAGCCGUUUCUGCAGGGUAUUAAGCUGCUGUUGAUGAACAGGGCAUAUAUGAUUCUCCUGCUGUGCAUGGGAUCUGGAAUAGCUGUGUUCACUUGCUUCUCAACCGUGCUGGACCAGAUCCUUUGUGUUAAAGGAUACAGUGAUGAGUUUGCGGGGAUUUGUGGAGCGCUCUUCAUCCUGUUUGGGGUGGUUGGCGCCGCCUUCCUGGGGUUCUAUGUCGACCGCAGCAAGAAGUUCAUUGAGGCCACCAAGCUAGGCAUGUCCCUCUGUGCGCUAGCCUGCAUCGGCUUUGCAGUGGUGUCCCAGCUGCGUGACCAGAAAGCCGCCGUGGCUGUCUUGUGCUCGCUCUUCGGAUUUUUCGGGUUUUCAUUAUACCCUGUUGCCAUGGAACUGUCAGUGGAGAGUUCUUAUCCUGUGGGAGAGGCGUCUUCCUCCGGCCUCCUCUUCAUCUCAGGGCAGAUCCAAUCCAUCAUCUACAUGGUGAUUCUCCAGGCGCUGACCAAGCCAAUAGCAGACUCCCCUUUCUCCACAUGUGGAACUGGAGGAAGCCAGGGCUUGAGUUGGAGAGUGCCUGUGCUGGUGAUGGCUGGUUUGUGGAGUGUGGGAACCUGCUGUUUCGUCCUCUUCUUCCACACUGAAUACCGAAGGCUUCGGGCCGAGGCAGAUGCCAUCAUCACCACAGAAACGGAGCCGGGGAGAUCGCAAAGCACCAGAGAGACGUAGUAGAAUGUACAGGGGGAAACUUUACCUCAUUGGACACGUGUCUCUCUACUGACCUCAGGAAAGUGAACGUAUCUUCUAAGAACUGCUGUGCUGCUCAUUGUUAUUUGACUGCACCAGGUCACUGAUUCAUUUUACACCAGUUCAGGGUCCCAGGUUCUUGGUGCCCUGUUGGUGUGAUGGUAGGUAGGCAGUGAAUUCCAAACGACAAAAUUUUUAAGGAAGAGUCAUCGACGAACAUGUCGCUGUCAGCAUUCUCAAUAUAAACUCCAUGUUCUUCGUUUUAUGUCACUUGAAGCCUUUGGGGGCUGCACAAACUUGGCGUGAAGAUUUUUCCAAGUUGGUUUGCACAACACAGGAUCAUUAACUUGGUCUUUUUGAGUAUACUGGCUUCUUAACAGUCACGUGUAAUAGCACCUCGACCAUUCUGUGGCCUGGAUUAGUGUACUCCCCUGCUAAUCCAAAACCCUUUGGAAUCUGCAGCAUUAUUUCCAAGCAUGGGUGUGUUCAUCUACCUCUUAAACAAGCCCACUGCAUGUGCACUGUAACUUUUUUAAAUAUGGUACUUCAUGAGCUACUAGUUGUGUUUUUAUUGGACUAAAACACUGAUUUUUCACUGAUUUUUAUUACAUUUAUAUUUGUUCGAUUACUUUUACAGGUAUCUCAGUGCUUGAAAUGAAAACUAUUUUAAAAUUUGUUUAAUGUAAAUAAAUGCAUGUAUUUUUAAUGCUGUGUUUUCUAAAAAAUAAAUGGCAAAUCAUUUAAAUAUAAACAAUUAGCAGUUUUAUACUUGUAAUUUUAUCAAAUUUGAUUAAUUGUGUACCAGUUUUUAAUCUUCUGAGUGAACCAUUAACUUGCUACUCAAAAUAUGAUCCAUACUUUUCUUAAUUGCAUGUGAAACACUUGGUGUGAAUUCCCAGCCUUUUUCCUUUGCCAUUUUACAUUCUGAGCUAUUGAGAUGUAAAGCCUAAACAUCUGUUCCAAAAUUGUUCAUUUGGAAAAUGGAUUGGAAAUUUGCACAUUUUUGUUGCACAAAACCAAAAAUGUAAAAGUAUAAACUCAAUUAAUUGCAUACAGUUGUAGUUGUUUCCCCCAUAUUGUCAUCACUUGCUUGCAUAUGAAAGUGUUUUAUUGUGUUCUUAAGCUUGUUUUGUUUUAUAAUUUUCAUGACAUGGAUGUAUGUAUCUCUGGCCGGUUCCAAGCUCUUUAAUAAAAGUGUUUUUUCAA